AUGCCCGUGAGUCCCCAAUUACCACGUUCUGCAUACCACUCUAUCUUCCUCGAUGAGGCCAACGUCCAGACCAUAGGGAACUUCCCUAUCCUCCCUCUCCGCACCCGCACAAGGGGGCCGGCAUAUACACUACCACUACUUCCUCCAGGAUCCUCAGACCUAGAUAUCGACCCAGACAGUGAAUCCUAUGACUGUCUUGAUGAAGUUCUCUCUCUAUACCGUGCGAAUACCUUCUUCCGUAACUUCGAGAUUAAGGGCCCCGCAGAUCGCAUGAUGAUAUAUGGUAUAUUAUUUGUGAGCGAGUGUUUGGGCAAAGUCAAGCCAAACAUGUCAUCAAGGGAAGCAGAGAAGGCUCUUAUCAACGCUUCCCUCGAUCACUUCGCGAUACCGGGUGACGCUGCGUUCCCUCUCAACCAGGCCUUUGAACCUCCAAGGGAUCGCCAGGAUGCUGAGGCUUUGAGACAAUAUAUAUCACAAGUACGACAAGAACUCGCGAUCAGACUUCAUACUAGGUUAUACCCCGGGGGUGAAGGGCCAUCAAAGUGGUGGCUAAGCUUUUCGAAACGGAAAUUCAUGGGCAAGUCCCUGUAA